GGCGUCUGGAAUGACCAAGGCCAAGCACCCAUGGCCUUCUCCAUGUGUGUGUCUCUGCUUGGUAGUGGUCUUUUUUUAGUUCUAGCUUCAUUUCGACCUCUGCCUCGUGAGCCACAUCCCUCUGCCCUCACGUGGGUGGUGUGCUCGGCGACCAUCAUGCUGUCCUUGUUUCGUCGGUCUCCACUCAUAUCGCCUCAGCCGCCGGCAUCGUUAGCGACGUGGAUCACAGACAGCUCCAUCCAAGUGCGGCAACGUCCACUCAAUCAGGUCGUGUUCCCUGGAAGCCACAACUCUGGCACAUAUGCCAUCACAGGCAACAUCGUGUCUGGAGAUUGCGACCCCAGGUUGGUGCCUUACGUCCAACGGUGUCGAUUCGUGUCGUCGUUCGUGGCGCGAUGGGCAGCAUGCCAGCGAAUGUCCAUCACGCAGCAACUGCAUGCAGGCAUUCGUUACCUUGACUUGCGCGUCCAGGCACUCCCGAAUGGAGAUAUUCGACUGUGCCACAGCUUGUGCUCGAUCACCCUCCACAACUGCUUGACCCAAAUUCGUGCAUACCUCGAUGCAUACCCCAAUGAGCUAAUACUGCUCGAUGUGAACCACAUUUAUGUGAGCGAUCCUUCGCAAUACGCUCAAAUUUGUCAGCAAGUUGUUUUGCAACUCGGUCGCGAUUGCAUCGCCACAAGGGCCGAAACACCAGCAACGAGCACGUUGGCUUCGCUCAACCUCCAUCAUGUCCAAGUCGUGCUCAUCUACCACCACGAACCCACGGCAAUGCUUCUGAACGUGUGGGGGGCGAAUCAUAUCCGAUCGCCAUGGCCCAACGCUUCGUCCACAUCUAAAGUGCUCCGAUACAUCGAUGCCUCGCUGGUGGACCGCAAGCUUAGCGUUGACCAAAUGCACGUGACGCAGCUGGUGGCGACCGCCCGGCCGCUCGACUUGGUGUGUCACUUCAGUCUGUUAAGCUUUGCCAAGACGUUGCUAGCUCAUGCACUCCCAUGGCUCAAGCAACUUGCGCAGCAACGAGACGCUCGAACGAAAGCGUGUAAUGUCGUGAUGGUCGACGACUGUGGCGCCCACCAGUACCAACUCAUCCAAGCCAUCCUGACCCUGAACAAGACCAAGGCUGGCCAAAAUGACGCUCACGUCGACCUCAAUCGAUAGUAGGAGAACAAAUUCUGCAUGGAGUACCAAUCAUCUAUACUGCAGAAUGGUCGUUGUGCAUGGAGGAUUUCGGAGUGUCGAGGUAAGGACGCACAUGCCACGGAGGUGCCAAGGAUGUCUAUUCAACACAAUUUCGAUGGCCAUUCACGUCAUUUCUGGAGAGUUGGGUCGAGUUCAGCCGGCACAGCCAUCACAUCGUGGACUCGGUCGAAAACAAGUCAUUCCUGCUGAUCAAGUGCUGCUGAGUACCGCUGGCUCCUUUCGCGUUGUCUGGGACUCAAGUGUGGUGGAGAUGAAGAUCGUUCUGUUUAAAAUAGAUAUGUCUUUACUUCAGUCUACACGCCCUUCUUGCGCAGGGUGUGGAAAUGUACGAACGACUUCUUAGCAGGUUUGCCCGCCCCCUUCUUCUUCUUGGCCAGAAUAGCAUGGUCCUUGCGGUUCGUCUGCUUGAUAUCUUUGCUUAACAAGAUGGAUCCAACAGCCCCUUUCGCGAUCACACCGUCCAGCGUAUCAUCCACCACUGGCGUCACCAUCGCAGGCUUCGAGCUACCGAACGCGUUCUUGAGACUUGCAAACGAACUGCCCUGCUGAGACUCGAUAGCCUUCUUCAGCUCAGCUUGGACCUUGGCUUCCUUUUUCUCCUGAUCAGCCUUUCCGAUCGUCGCACGGAGCUCGCGGCGCCAGUACUUCUUGAUCUUAGACCUGAUGCUCUUCGCCAUGUUGUUUGGAAUGAGGUCAACC